AUGAAGACCAGACGAGCUGGACAUCGGGGAGUUCUUACAAAGUUACUGAAGAAAGUGGAACCGAGUUCCGAGGAACUUUUACAGGAAUAUGACGUUAGUGAACUUUCAACCAUUCGAGGACUUGGUGUGAAGAAGCAGGAAACGAUCGAUCAACUGAACGAGAAGAUUGUGGAGGAACUAUCGGAAGAGGAAGUGAGCGAAGAAAUAGAAGAAGCCGACAGAUACACAUAUGACAUAGAAAUGAGUGUAACUAAACUAUCCAAAAUCAUGACGGAAUCGGAAAUCACAGUCAAACAGUCAAGUAAGUCAUUGCUUAACCCAAAUGCACACGAGUUUAUUAAUUACACAAAUCAUCAAGAAAGACAGCCACAGCCCAGUUUCAUGCACGCAAAUACAUCAGCGUCCGUUUUUUCAAACUCCAGCAUGUACCACAAACUUCCCAAAUUAAAUUUACCAACGUUCGGUGGGAAUAUGUUAGAAUGGCAACCCUUUUGGGAUUCGUUUAGUGCUGCCGUACACGAUAACCUGUCUUUAAACGAUGUACAGAAAUUUAAUUACUUGAAAUCUCAACUGUUCGGAGAAGCCACCCAAUGCAUAGCAGGUCUACAAAUAACUAACACAAAUUACCUACAAGCAUUACAUGUACUGAAACAAAGAUUCGGUCAACCACAUAAGAUAGUACAGACAUACAUGCAGAGUUUAAUCAGCCUUCCUAGUCCAACGUCAAAUAUUACACAUUUGAAAAAAUUCUACGACAGUAUGGAAAACUACAUCCGUGGCCUUGAAAGUAUAGGGGAGUCUCACGAGUCGUUCGGAAGCCUUUUAGUGCCCAUAAUAUUAAAUAAAUUACCUGGGAAUAUACGAGAAAACAUGGUACGUGCCCACGGAGGCGACCACUGGAAUUUGCCGUCGUUACGGCAAGCUAUUCAACAUGAGAUAACGAUUAAGGAAGCGGGUCAGUCGGUAAACGGUGAUGAUAUAGAGCCAAAUUACACACCCACAUCAGCAUUCUUUACGGGUACAAAUCGCAACUACGUAAAUCAGAAAGGGAAAAGAGACAUAACAAAGAAGCCGUGCAUCUUUUGUCAAGGAGUUCACGCCCUAUAA